AUGGCCCAACCGCAACAAGCAUCACCAGAAUUAACCACCCUCACGACCCUCCCACCAGAAGUCCUCCUCAACAUCUUCGCAUACCUAGAAGUCCCCGACCUCCUCCAAACCAGCCGGACGUGCCACCAACUACGCACGCUGGCAUGCGACCCAUUACUGCACCUGACCCGCCUACACUCAGCCUCACAAACACUAUCCUACCUCCUGGCCCGCCGCGCCUCCAAAUCAUCUAUCAGCCCACCAUCGUCAUGGAUCUGCCUAAGCAAGACGAACGUGCUGUCGCGGCAGAUUUCGAAAUCCCUGAUUCGCAUCCGCCUCUCCCACAACCUGGAGCACCGCCCGAGUCCCGCUGAGCUGGUCGAACGCGCCAUCUUGCUGCCUGUCUGUGGAAGCAGUUACUCCAGCCCUGUCUCGCCCGCGCUCAUUCAGUCCCAUCAGGCUGUUCAGCGGAGAAGCCUCCGCGAUCGCCUCGCCCGCAAACUCCAGCGUCGGCCCAGUGUUGCUAGCCUCGUCGACCUCAAUAUCAUCCCCGCGGAGUGUGUGCGCGCAACGACCAAUUCAUCCAGGUCGACAACAUCCUACUCCACGGCAGCCAAGUGCACCAACUGCUGCACCACUUCUUCUUCGCCUUCGUCUCCCUGUACAACCCUGCACUCAGGAUCCCAACCCCACCACCCCCAUCCCCAAUCAACCUCCGUCAUAGUUUCGCCCGCAAUCGUCCUCACGCGCCGCAAUGUAAUCCGUGAGACGCUCAAAGACGGGCUGCGCGCUUGGGUCGAGGGACGCGGCCUGCAAGCCCAGAAGCGCAAGGCAGACGAACUCGACGCCGCCGAGCGCGCCAACGUCAAGACCCUUGUGCGCCGCUUCGCCGCCCGCAAGCUCGCCGCUGACGCUGAGCUGGAUUGGGUGCGCGAGAGGAGAAGAAGGCGUGCCGCCGCGGCUGCUUCUGGAUCUGGAGUUGGAACUUCUGUUUCGCAGAAGCAAUGUGCGCUCCCGCCGGAAUCGCGGCAGCGCUGCUGGGGCCGCGAAGCCGAGAUGGCGAAGGCGAAGGAUCGGGAGAGGAGGGAGAGGUUGCGCCAUGAUCACGACCAUAAUCAUGAUCAUCCUGGCGCCGGUGGCAAUGACGGCGGUCGUGCGGAUGCCGGUGGUGGUGGUGGUGGUGGUGGUAUUGGUGAGGGUGUCGAUCAUCCCUAUUGUUGCAGCGUUUGCCCGCAGCCAACCCGUGCGCAUGUCCUGGGUCUCAAGCGGUUCUGGGAGGGUGUCAUUAGGGCCGCGGCUGCUGGUUGA